GCUUGUUCUCUCCAUGUGAUGCAUCAUCAUUACCCUCUUACUCUCCCUCAUUCAUCCCUCCAAACCCCCUCAACCCCCAGCUUCCCCACUACAUCAUCCGGACGCCGAAGUACGAUGGAGCCUAGCAGAAUCAAUGUGUUCGAUAUUUCGCUAGUCCUUGACGAGAUCACUCGGUACCUGACCUUGAAGGACCUGUCGCGCUGUGUUCAAGUCUCCCAAUCCCUUUGGUCCGCAUUCAUCCCUUAUCUCUGGCGCAACAUCCACUUCACUAGCCUCACUACCCAAGAGCGGUGCAACCUCAUACACCCAAACUCACCCUUUCUUCUCUUGUCCGAGUCUACUCCUGUUGGUCGUCGAGAAUACUGCCGCAGCGCCGUCCGAUCUGUUCGUCUCGUUGCUCCUCUCCCGGCCUGGCCACACAAUCUCGCCAGCGGCCCAUGUUUCUCGAACCUCAUUCGGUUCAAACUCCAGAACCAAAUCAAAGGCAGGGGCGAGGAGGAAAUAAUCGCUGCUGUGCCUCGUAUCCUAGAGUUCCUGGCAGCGCAUACGACGCUGCGCGAUAUCGAGCUGUCUCAUCUGGAAAUCGGAUCGGAUUUCAUGGACAUGUUCAACAUCGUGAUGGAUCAGUUGCCAGGCCUGACUAGACUUGUACUGUUUGUCAGGGGCAAACUGACCCUCCGGGACCAUCUGUUGAUGCUCAAGCAAGGCCAGCGACUCGAGGAAUUUCAUCUGUCGAUCGAUUCCUCUCUCUAUGAGUACCACGAGCUGGACCACACAGAAAUCGAAUUGUACGAGCAAGGAAUGCGAGAGAUGAAAGCUAAGGACAGUAAGAUCAAGGAUUUGUGCCUGAAUACAGAGAUGUUUGUACGGAUUAUGCCCGAUUACCUGCAGCGAUGUGUGCACCUCGAACGAUUGGCCAUACGGACUAUAUCUGUUGUGCAGGCGACAGUUGACCUAGCGGAUAUUGUGAGGGAUCAUUGCCUUCGAUUGAGGCAUCUCGAUAUCAGGAAUAUGCACAUGAGCGGCACGACUCAGGCAUCUAUCAUCGCGGCAUGUACUCCAUCUGCUGCACAACCGCAUCGACCUGGUCUGGAGUCCUUAAAGCUUUGGCUCAACAUCACCUCAAUGGAUGUGGUCCUGCAGUCAGUUUUGAGUCAUCGCACGACAUUGACGUCGUUGUCGGUCAGUCAACGCAAAGGUCUCACAGCUAUAGGGUUGCAACAGAUCGUCACCAACUGUGCUAACCUCAAGUCCCUAAUCGUCAAGUUGACUUUCAUGGAUACCCUUCUGAUCCCGAUGGACGACAUCAAGGAUAUCACAUGGAGCUGCCGCAACUUAAUAACAUUCGCAUUGCUGACCGUUGACCAUUGUACGGCUACCGGGCGAGAUCCAGCGAUACAAUAUCUGGAGUAUCUGUACACGCAACUCGGAACCAUUCCGACACUGGAAGUCGUGUCAUUCCGAAUGGGCCACGCAGGGUGGAUCCCACAGAGGUCAUUGUUCCUAGAUGGAUUGGAGCAGCUCUACAAUCUGAAGCGGAUGCGGAUCUUUGGGUUCCAUAAAGAGGGUGCCUCUAUGCUGAGGAGGCGACAUAUUGAGAGCAUGCUGGAAAACUGGCCACGACUAGAGCAGCUGGCCGGGCUCCUAGACCAUUACCGAACAUUCGAGCUGGCGUCCUGGCUAAUGAAGGCGAGGCCGGAUCUAGAGCUCAGUGCAUUUAGCGAUGGAUUAAAUCAAUAAAAAUUACGUUCAC